UGGGCUGGGCUAUGGAGGCAGCGGCGCUGCGGGCGGAUGGGGCGCUGGAGUCGCACUACGCGGACGGGGCUCGGCUGCUGCUAGCGCCCUGUGGCGCCGAGUACGUGCUGGAGCAGCCGCCGCCCGCCCGCGCCCACCCGCUGCAGCCGCCCGACAGGCUCCACCGCCGGAGUCCGUUCGCCCUCAGCGCCUGCCGGGAGCAACUCUUACAAGCGUUAGAUUUUCGGAACCAGUAUUCUGCUCGUCCAUACUUACCCUCGCACAUCCUGCCUCCUGAAAGGAAACGGGUACUUUUGACAGAUGUCUUGGAAGUCAGAUGGCCUAGCCCUAACUCUCUUGAUGCUGCCAUAUGUCUGGAUAAUGGGAGUGUGAAGAUAUCUUCUUUAGAUGGUCAUGCCCACCUCUACAUGUCAGAAUUGCAGCAAGAUUUUACAGUGGAGUUCUUGUGCAAAGCUAGCCAGAAGCCUGCAAAAUCUUCGCUUUUCUCUGAAAAAAAAAGCAAAAAAGAUGAGCAAGGGAAAUCAAGCCAAAGCUGUAUUUCAGAAAUGUCAGAACGGCUGAGAUUGGAGAAUAAGAAAGAUGAAUGCAGUAUUGUAAACAAAUCCAGGAAACCAGCCCAAUCAAAUAACUACUUAAACCAAACAGAAGGAAGAGAUGAGGCCAAUUUGUCUCUGACAAGCUGUUACUCUGACUACGUCUGGGUUACACAGCACUGGUCUGUUUCCUCAUACCCAGAAGAGUGGAAAUACCCUUUGUCUCUGGCAUUAACAUUCUAUCAGCUGCGCGCUGAUAGCCUCCCAUCUAAAACGCAUGAACAAGAUAAAUACUCUCAGAACAAAACUGUAGAAUCUGAGCUUUUAAAGGAAAGUGAAAACUGCAAGGCAAUUUCUCAUUUGCCUGAAGCUUUACCACUUGGCUGUACUGCACCACACCUACAUAGGUGGAUUUUCUGUGACUUUUUUCUACAGAAAGGGAAAAAUACUGAACCAUGUUCAUACCCUCAACUAAUAAACAUUGUUUGGUGCCAAGGUAUUCUUUAUAGGUUUAUCCAAGAUAGUACAGACAUUAUAGAAAUUUAUCCUGGAGAUGGAUCAGUUUUCAAGUCACAAGGAACAUUAUUGGGAAACUAUUUCACACACUAUUCAAUUCAGAAAGGAUCAAGACAGAGAGAAGAAAAGGUGUACUCAAUAAGCAAUCUGCCCCCUGAUGUACCAGGAAGUCCAUAUUCUAUAAACUCCAUCAUUACUCAGGCAACCAGAAUUCUUCAGUACUGCUACAAGACUAAACUGUCUUUAAUACAUAACUACAGUAGCUGUUGUUGGAAUAUGAUACGAAAGACAGAGGGAUGGGAAACCUUGCCAGUUUUGUUGGAUGAAACAGUUAUUCCCAAUGUAGGAAGACUGGUGGCAUAUUCGGAUAAUAAAGUGCAUGCUGUUUUUUGUGAUGGGAUGACCUUGACUAUGAUGUGGGAUUUUAACUUUCGUUAUGGAAAAACACAGCCAAAUAAAAAAACCCAGGAUGUCAGUUCUCAUUUUUCUCUUCUGAAGAUGAAUCAAGACUCUACUACAGGCUGGUGCAAGUUAACAACCCAUGAUGGGACACAGCAUCUAAUCCAGAUAAACAGUCCUGGACGCUAUGAAAGGUACAUCAGAACAGCAGUAGCAUGGUGUAAAAGUGUGAAUGGAGAGAGAGGCACUCCUACAUAUGCUCCAGGCCCCAUUUUGGAGGAGAACUGGUCUGUUGCUGCUGAACUUGAGAAAAUACAGAGAUUUAACUUUUUACUGGAGAACAGCAGAGUUCCAAGCAAGACUGCAGCUGUGAAAUGUGAUCUACCAUGCAUUACCAACAGACUACCAGAAAACAUCAGCUUACCUGAAGAAAUUGGUAAAAACGGCGUAUUGGAGGCUUUGGAAAAAACUUCUAAAGCCAUCCAAGAUAUUGAAUCAUUCCUGUCCACCUCUGGGAAGUGAAGCUUGGACAAGGGCUUGAAAGACCUCCAUUAUUUAUGGCCUGUUGUCCUGUAGUCUUGUGUAUCCAGGGGUAGUAUUGGGUGGAACGAAAGAAGGAUCAGGCCUUAAAUGAGUUGUGAAAAAAAACAGAAAAUUCAAUUUGACUUUCGACCAACUCCAGUAGUAGCAUUCAAGCCUGCUAGGCUGAGAGAGAGAAGAACACGCAAAACAAAUUGCUUUGUAAUCUUGUUUUAUGUACAGUGCUUCUUUUAUUAGCAGUUAAAUUGACUUAAAUGUUUUGUACAUCAACCGAGGUCAUCAUAUAAAUAAAUGUUUUAAAUGA